AUGGUGUAUUAUAACAUGGGCGACUACUCAAAAGCACUUUCAUCGUAUGAAAGAUCACUUGAAAUCCAACAAAUAGCUCUCCCUCCGAAUCAUCUCGACCUUGCUCAAUCCUACAACAACAUCGGUGCGGUGUAUUUUCAUAUCGGUGAGCACUCGAAAGCACUUUCAUCGUAUCAAAGAUCACUUGAAAUCCGAAAAAUAGCUCUCCCUCCGAAUCAUCCCGACGUUGCUCAAUCCUACAACAACAUCGGUAUGGUGUAUGAUAACAUGGGCGAGUACUCGAAAGCACUUUCAUCGCUAGAAAGAUCACUUGAAAUCUUCAAAAUAGCUCUUCCUUCGAAUCAUUCCUUAUUGGCUACUUCCUACAACAACAUCGGUAUGGUGUAUGAUAACAUGGGCGAGUAUCCGAAAGCACUUUCAUCAUAUGAAAGAUCAUUUGAAAUCUUCAAAAUAGCUCUCCCUCCGAAUCAUCCCGACUUGGCUACUUCCUACAACAACAUCGGUAUGGUGUAUGAUAACAUGGGCGAGUACUCGAAAGCACUUUCAUCGCUAGAAAGAUCACUUGAAAUCCGAACAAUAGCUCUCCCUCCGAAUCAUCCCGACGUUGCUCAAUCCUACAACAACACCGGUAUGGUGUAUUCUCACAUGGGCGAGUACUCGAAAGCACUUUCAUCAUACGAAAGAUCACUUGAAAUCCAAAAAAUAGCUCUCCCUCCGAAUCAUCCCGACUUUGCUCGAUCCUACAACAACAUCGCUUCAGUGUAUGAUACGAUGGCCGAGUACUCGAAAGCACUUUCAUCGUACGAAAGAUCACUUGAAAUCCGAAUAAUAGCUCUCCCUCCGAAUCAUCCCGACGUUGCUCAAUCCUACAACAACAUCGGUAUGGUGUAUUAUAACAUGGGCGAGUAUCCGAAAGCACUUUCAUCGUAUGAAAGAUCACUUGAAAUCCGAACAAUAGCUCUCCCUCCGAAUCAUCCCGACGUUGCUCAAUCCUACAACAACAUCGGUAUGGUGUAUGAUAACAUGGGCGAGUAUCCGAAAGCACUUUCAUCGUAUGAAAGAUCACUUGAAAUCCAAAAAAUAGC